GGCCCCCAGGAAGAGAUCAGCACAAACUGGUGCAGGAGCCCCUCAUGGAGCCCCCAGGCAAGCAGUCCCUGCAGGAGCUCCCCACAGAAGAGUCCCUGCCUGAGGACUCAGGCCUGGAGGGGGCUCCCAGCACGCAUAUGCUCUACGUGGGCCACCUGAACUCCCAGUUCUCAGUGCCGGUGCUCACCUGCCUGCUCCGAGACACCCUGGAGCGGCUGGAGCUGCCAGUGGCGCGGGAGCACAUCGAGGUGGUGAGGCGGCCGCGGAAGGCCUAUGCCCUGGUGCAGGUGGCCACCCCUGAGGACACCCUGGCCUCCCUCCGCUGCCGCCUGCAAACAACCUUGGAGGAGCACCAGAUCAUCAAGGAGCUGGUGGCCCGUGGGAAGGAGCUGGUGUUGGGAGACGGCCGUGAGCCCACACACCACAGAGAGCAGGAGGAGAACAGAGGCCCGAGCCCUGGCCCCAGCCCCGGACCCAGCCCGGGCUCCAGCCGCCCACCUGCCAGGCACACCAACGCCCCGCCGGCCCAGGCCCUGGGGUGGCCUAGCUCCAUGCACCAGCCCAGCUGCACGCGCUCGGACAGCGCCAUCGUGCACCAGGAGAUCCAGGGCCAGGAGCGGCUUUUCCAGGGCGCCUUCCUGGGUAGUGAGACGCGCAACAUGGAGUUCAAGAGGGGCGGCGGCGAGUACCUGAGCCUGGCCUUCAAGCACCACCUGCGGCGCUACGUGUGCGCCUUCCUCAACAGCGAGGGCGGCAGCCUGCUGGUGGGCGUGGAGGACAGUGGGCUCGUGCGGGGCAUCCGCUGCAGCCACCACGAGGAGGACCGUGUGCGUCUGCUGGUGGACUCUGUCCUGCAGGGCUUCAGGCCGCAGGUCUUCCCUGAUGCCUACACGCUCACUUUCAUCCCAGUGGUCACCACCUCCGCCAGCGGCACGCCCCUCAAGGUGAUCCGCCUGAGCGUGCACGCCCCAAAGGCCCAGGCGGAGCCGCAGCUCUACGAGACAGACCAAGGGGAGGUGUUCCUGCGCCGUGAGGGGAGCAUCCAGGGCCCGCUGGCCGUCCACGCCAUCCAGGAGUGGUGCAGACAGAAGUGGGCGGCAGAGCUGAGCAAGCUGGAGGAGAGGGUGAAGCUGCUGACGGCCGAGAAGGAGCAGCUCCAGCAGCGGCUGCAGCAGCACAGGCCCAUCUCCUGCACCUGCUGCGUCCUGUGAGGGCCCCGUGGGCAGGCGAGCGCAGGGAUGAAGCUGGCACUCACCCUGGGAGAUACAGGGAUUGCCUAUUUGAGCCAAAGACCUCCCAAUAAACCCAUCUGGCUGCUCAGAGGGGGACG